UUAGAGGUUCUUGAUCUCAGCUGGAAUCGUCUGAGAAUGAAGGGAGCUGUAGCUUUCUGUGCCGGAUUAAAGGUCAACAGCACUCUGAAACAUUUGGAUCUGUCCUGGAACGGCUUCGGGAAUGAAGGGGCUUUAGCUUUAGGUGAAGCGCUGAAAUUCAACAACACAUUAGUGCAUCUGAACCUGAACAACAACCGCAUGACAGAUGAGGGUGUGAGCAUGCUCUGUAAGGGUCUGGAGGCCAACGACACGCUGCGAGUGCUGAAGCUGGCGUAUAACUCAAUGACGGUGGAGGGGGCUUUAACUCUCAUAAAUGUCAUCAAGAAAACUUCUAAAAGUGCCAUUGAGGAGCUCAACAUAUGUAACGUGCUGGUGAAUGAGAACUUUGUCCAGUUGUUAGAGUUGAUCUGUCAGGAGCGUCUCAGUCUGGAGGUUCAGUAUGGAGGAGUCGGGGGAUUCAUCGCCAAAAAACCCCGCAAGCGCUCGGACCCCAUGAAGAUCAUUCAGGACUAUCUUGAUCAGCUGAAGCUUCGUCUGUGGGAUUUCUUCCGUCACAUUGAUAAGGACGGAACCAUGAGAGUGUCUGUCCUAGACUUCAGAAAGGCUGUUCAGCAAUCCAGCAUCCCUCUGGAGAAAUUUCAGAUUGAGGAACUGAUUCAGAGGCUGGACAGAGACGGCACAGGCAUUGUGGAUUACAGAGGCCUGGCGGACACGCGGAAGCAGAUGGUGCGAGAUCACCGCCGGCAGCUGAGGAAAGUGGAGUCUCGACAGAAGAAGGAGAAACAGAAGAGCGACAGAAUCCUGAAGACCUUCGAGAGCGCCGUGGAGGCAGUGACCCCUCGCAGCUCCAUGAUAAUCUCACCUAGCGGUGCCAGAGAGGACUGGAACGGCCCGCAGCACUUCUCUGCCACCCCGCUGAGCUCCUGGCAUCACAUCAUCAUGUCCAACAGCAGCCGUUACUCCGUCCAGAACAUGAGCAGCGAGCACGUCCACCUGCCCAUGAUAGGGCCCGCCACGUCUUACAAACCUCCCAGCUCAGCGGAUGUGCGCUCGUAUUCCCAACCCAACCUCUCCUCCAGCGGCACCAAACCAGCCGUCAGCAAACCGACAUCAGCUCAGAGGAUUCACUCCACAUCUAACCCUAGUGUGAUGAGUCCCACAGCUAACCUGACCCGCUCCAGACCUGCACUAAACACUCAAGACGAUGCUAAAGCAGGAGUUAAGAGCAAGAAGAAGAAGACAAAGAAAAGGAAAGAUGUCAUUUCAAAAGGAAAAAGUUAAACUAACGCAUGAAAGCUGUUCAGAUCAGAAUACAUUCAUGUCUUCUCAUUUCAAGAUGAGUGUGUGAAACAGUCUGCUUCACUUCAUAACAUCUGGAUAUUAAAAGAGCACACUGGAUGCAUUCUAGUAGUAUGCUAGUAGGCUAUAUCUACAAAUAAAUCAUUUGAAAUAAGGUUUCGGUGUACAUACUUUGUUACAAACACACAUUUCUUUUAUGCAAUUGCUGUUACAUUAGACAAUAUCAAAUCAAUAAGCAAUUGUUGUUGAGCACACAGAGUGAUUACCAGAUAAAUUGUUCACCUACCUACAUAACACGCCAGCAAACAAUCUACACGAUAUUUGUAAAAAAUAUAAAAACUAGUCAGUUCUUCUCACAUUUAUGUUUUGUUUUAAUGCUGGUACAUAUGUGACUGUAUGAUUUGUUAUAUUACCAGAUCUUUGUCAGUGUAAAAUUAUAACACAUUAUAAGACAUGUCUUGUUUUCUAAUACAGCUUUUACGUCACAGAAGAUUGAAAUAGAUGAACAUCACAGAAAAAAAACAAAAGAUUCCUGUCACAGCUAUUAAAAUGAAAUAAAACGUGUCUAAGUAUUGUUUACAUGAGGUCAAGUGUCAUCGCAAUAUUGCAAAAAUAUCAUCAUAAUCACAUUAUAAGGGUGCAUGUAAACAAAGUCAGAGAUGUUUACGGCUGAGCUUGAGAAAUCUUCUUGACACUGAUGGUUUGUGUCUGACCACAACACAGCAAAAUCUUCAAAAUAAUGUGAAAUGUUCUCUCUCUCUCUCUGGGUCUUUCACACAACAGCAUCAAUCCUUUACUGGUUUAAAAAAAAGAACUUAAUAUUAUAUAUUAAUAACAAGUUAAUAUGUACCUCUGUUGCAUCUUGUUUUUUUACUGAGCUAAUGAGACUGCAAUGGUUUAAUGCAAACAGGAAUUGAAUGUCUAAUAGAAAAGAAGCUGAACAAACCAGUAAAGCGCUGACUCCUGUUUAUUUUAAAUGUCUACCAAUCUUGUUUAGCUUUUGUUUUUCUGUUUAUUGUACAUUUGGAUUUAAAAAUGUCUUUUUAUAAUGGACUAAACCAAACUGUUAAAUAUAGGCAGCAAAGAAAUGAUAUAUUGCCAGUAAUGUAUAAAAUAUGGUUUUCUGAUGAACAAACAUAUCAAAAAACCUGUUUGGUUAAGGUUUCCAUUCGGCUAGCUAACAUUAACUUAAAAUAGAUUGUUAACUAUAACGUACUACACAGUUAACUAGACAACAGAUUCAGUAGGGGCUUGGCCAUCUCUUGUGUAAAAGGACUCUCAAAUCUGGCCUAUUUUCAAACUAUUGCUAAUUUACAUUUAUGCAUUUGGCAGACGCUGUUAUCCAAAGCGACUCACAUUAUACAUUUGUUUCUGACUAUAUGCAAUCCCCUGGGAUCAAACCCAUGAC